AUGAUCCACCCCUGUAGUCCAGGAUCCAUAUUUAUGCUCCCACACGGUACCCGCAUUGUCCGAAAACUGCAAGACUUCUUGCGCGACGAAUAUACACGUUAUGGCUACGAAGAGGUCAUGACGCCGAUUAUUUACAAGAAAGACCUGUGGGAGACAAGUGGCCACUGGCAAAACUAUAAAGAGGAUAUGUUUAUGGUACACAGCGGACGCGAGUCAGCAGAAGAAGCGGGCGAGGACGACAGUUUAUAUGGCUUGAAGCCCAUGAAUUGCCCUGGUCAUUGUUUAAUCUUUGACAGCACCCCCAAAUCGUACCGAGAUUUGCCAAUCCGAUUGGCUGACUUCAGUCCUUUGCACAGAAAUGAAGCAUCUGGAGCACUUUCAGGUUUGACACGCGUACGGCGCUUUCAUCAAGAUGAUGCCCAUAUCUUCUGCGCUGAGAAUCAGAUCUCACCCGAGAUUGCAGCAUGUCUAUCGUUUGUGGACCGUGUCUACACCGCAUUCAAGUUCCCCCACUAUGAGUUGACGCUGUCAACUCGUCCCGAGGCUAACUAUAUCGGCAGUGUCGAGGAAUGGGACCACGCAGAAGACUCAUUAAAAGAAGCACUCAGCGGUACGGGACGACCUUGGUCUGUCAAAGAAGGAGACGGUGCUUUCUAUGGACCUAAGAUAGAUAUUAUGGUCAAGGACUCGAGCGGUCGGUCACAUCAAACAGCAACAAUUCAAUUGGAUUUUCAACUGCCACGACGUUUCGGAUUAAAAUAUGUUGACGAAAACGACCAACCACGCACGCCUGUCAUCGUCCACCGUGCUAUCCUGGGAUCGAUUGAACGAAUGAUGGCUAUUCUAAUUGAGCAUACUGGCGGAAAGUGGCCUUUCUGGUUGAGCCCGCGACAAGGAGUUGUGAUACCCGUGGCAACACAGUUUGCAGACUAUGCAGAAAAGGUUGCCAAGGAACUGUCACAGGGUAGCAACAACAGCAAUGCUGCGGGGGAUAGCAGCACAUCAGCGCCAGGACAGUAUUAUGUGGAUGUGGAUCGGUCACCUCGAGACAGACUCAACAAGAUGAUCCGACAGGCACAGCUAGAGCGAUAUAACUUUAUCUUUGUGGUUGGCCAAAAGGAAGUGGAUGCCGGUACAGUCAAUGUGCGCACCCGGAGUGGCAAGAUUCUGGGAAGCAUGCCAGUGGAAGAAGUGCGAAGCAUGUUUGCUGAGCUUACUGAAAAAUUAGAAUAA